CGCCCGCCGCUGGCGCUUCCGGUUCCGGUAGCCACUAACCGCGCAGGGUCAGAGGCUCCGGCCAUGGCGGGCAGCCGGCUGGAAACGGUGGGCAGCAUUUUCUCGCGGACGCGGGACCUCAUGCGGGCUGGGGUAUUGAAGGAGAAGCCCCUCUGGUUCGACAUAUAUAGCGCCUUCCCCCCGCUGAGGGAGCCCGUCUUCCGAAGGCCCCUCUUGCGGUACGGCAAAGCCAAAGCUGACAUCCAGGACAUCUUCUACCACGAGGAUCUGAUUAGAGCGAGCAGCAAAUGUUUCAUCCUCGGCAUGCGGCCACCUCAGCGGCCGCGUGUCAUCAAAAAUGGCUACGCGUGUCAACGCGCGUGUCAUAGGAAAUUUUAUUCAGCCUAUGGAUCUGGUCAAAAAGCUUUUGAUCUGUUCAAUCCAAACUUCAAGUCUACCUGUCAACGGUUUGUGGAGAAGUACUUGGAGCUACAGAAACUUGGAGAAACAGAUGAAGAGAAAUUAUUUGUGGAAGCAGGGAAGGCUUUAUUGGCAGAAGGUGUCAUUUUAAGACGAGUAGGAGAAGCAAGGGCUCAACAGGACGGUAGUCACGUUUCCAGGAAAUCUGAACCCACGGGUGUCAAACUCCAAACUUUGUUGGAAAAUAUCCAGCCUCUGAAGGAAGUUCAACAGGACCAGCCUUUGGAGGCACCGGAAGAGCAGUCGAAAGGCCCCUCACCUCCCUGAAGAACUGGUAUACCACAUGUACUGACAUCCAAACUGUGUUCACUGGAUGAAUGUUGAACUAUUUUCAACAGUUAAGCUGUGUAAAUGUUUCUGGAUCUCAAAGGCAUUAUGUUUGCCUUCUUUUAGUUUCUGUUGCUAGGUUGUCAUAAAGCUCAGUAUCCUGGUUUGAAAGAAGCAGUUGUGAACUUUAGCAGUUAGGAUGCUCUUCAAUAAAGAAUUCCUUAGCUGCUUAUAAUGUAAAUUUACUUUAACAUUGUAAAUAGCACCAGGAAACCUUUAUAAGUACUGUUUGAAUGGGACUCAUUCUGAGCAGGUUUGCUUGGGUUUUGGUGUUAACAUGUGGCUGGCGCCCUGGCUGGUACAGCACCGUUGGGCAUCAUUCUGCGCACGGAAAGCUUGGCAGUGUGAUUCCUGGUCAGGGCUCGAUCCCCGGGAUCCUAGGGGGCGUGCCAAAGGCAGCCAUUCCACGUGUCGCUCUCGCAUCGAUGUUUCUCUCCCUCUCUCAAAAAAUUAAAAGUCUUUAAAAAAAAAAAACAUAUGGGCAGCUGUUUCUUAUUCUCUGGUAUGUUUCCCUUCUCUGGAUCCAUCAAACUUUUACUUAAACAUAUAAUGUGGCCCCUUGGUCAGUUGUUUCUGUGUGCAGAUAAUCUUUGUACUUGCUGCUAUAGAACUAUUGACCUUCAACUUGAGAGGCCAAGCUGACUUAAUGCUUUGCGGUAAGAGUGAGGACCUAUCAUUGAAAAUAGCCAAAGGCCAAAACUAUAACUUGAAUCUCAUGGAUUGGCUCUGCUAGAGACAAUUAGCACAGGCCUACACAUAGUAGGCUUUGUUGAAGGAGUGAAUAAUUACAUUCAGCUCAAGACUGAAUCCAGGUGACAUCUCUUGGAUUGCCAAGAGGGAGCCAGCCAAUUCAGAUGAUGCUCUCCACUUGCCUUCCUAGUGUCAAGCCCGGCUGGUGUGGCUCAGUGGUUGAGUGUUGACCCAUGAACCUGGUAGGGGCACAUGCCUGGGUUGCGGGCUCAAUCCCUGGAUGAGGGGGCAUACAGGAGGCAGUUGAUUGAUGAUUCUCAUCAUUGACGUUUUUUAUCUCUUCCUCUGAAAAAAUAAAAAAUAAGUAAGUGGCAUAUUGCUCUGAGAUUGUCCCCUUUGCAUUUGUGAUCAAGCUGAGUAGGAGAAGUGGUUUUCAGCUACUGGUAAUAAACUGCCUCAGAAAUUUCUUAUUUUAAAA